AGCGAGGCCACGAAAUGUGAACUGCAUUAUAGCGAGGGACCACUGUACUGCAGUUUGUGUUGUGUUUCUAUCCAUCUAUCCAUUUUCUCCUGGUGAUCCCUUUCAGGGUUGCGGGAGGUGCUGGAACCUAUCCCAGCUACCACAGGGUACAUCCUGGACAGGUCGCCAGUCUGUCGCAGGACUAACACAUAGAGACAAACAACCAUUUGCACUCACAUUCACACCUAUAGGCAAUUUAGAAUGACCAAUUAACUUAACCCCACUAAAUGCAUGUCUUUGGACUGUGGGAGGAAGCCGGAGUACCCGGAGAGAACCUACGCAAACACAGGGAGAACAUACAAACUACACACAGAAAGUGCUUCCAUUUGGUUGAAUAAGUUGUUACUUUGUAGCACAGAGACAACUUUACAACACCCUUCAUGUGUCAUUUAUUCUUGGUUAACAUCACUUGUUCUAAACUGAUGAUUUCCUUACUAAAAAUGUCUUUUAAUGUAGUAUUAUGGUGCCAUUACACCCACCGUUCUUGGCCUUGCGAAGGGUGCAACACUCCAAAAGUGACAUGCAUUUGCUGGGUCAAGCCACGCUUUGGUUUCAUUUUGACCAGUGGUGCACCUCUUGACUUUUGUAACCUUGUGUGGGUGCCGCAGCUGAUGUCACAGAGUUAAAGCCACUACAGAAACUCAGAGAUUCAGAGGUUAUACACAAAGAGAUUUUUAAAAAGUUAGUGCCUGUGACAGCACCGAUAGGCUCCAGUGGGCCCGAAAUUCUGAAUAAGUGCUUAUAAAAAUGAUGGAUGAUUUUUUGUUUUGUUUUAUACUUCAGCACAACUAGCCAGAGAAAAAAUAUCUGUUUAUGGAAACUGGGAUGUGUAUGUGACUGCGAGUCAUGCAUUUGUAUUGUAAAACCCAUUGUGGACUUAAAUUAUCCUCUGACAAAUGAAACACAUAAAAGGAAGUAAAACUAUUAAAAAGUAAAAAUCACAGCAAACUAGAAUUGAGCAGACAAACCCUGGAAAGUGAAACUAAAAUGAAUCUGGAAGAAUUCACCAGAUUUUCAGUCAAUGUGUCCAUGGUUGGUGUCAGCAUAAAAUUUUCUUUAGUUAGAUAUCUUCUCUUUAGAUGUUCCAGCAACCGCUUUAAAGUGCACCACUUGCAAGCUGUAAGAAAUUAAAUGGCUGCAUAGAAAGACUUAAAAUAAUUCUUUUCCUUUGUUUUCAUUCCCUGAAAUGGGCUGACACUGGAAACAGGACAGCUGUGAACAUUUUGGAAAAAAGAAAAGACUUUCUAUCUUUUUAUAAGGCUUGCAACAAUAUUAUCUGACUGUGCUUUAAUAUUUGAAGUACCCAAAUGUUGGUGGUUUAAAAAGGGAAAUUCGCCCCCUGGUGGUCACAUUUAUUUAUGGGGUUGUGUUUUAGUACACUGAAGUGGUGACCCAGAUACCAUUUCAUAUAAAAAGUGUGCUUAAUAACUCUUUCUUUUUUUUCUUUUUUCUUUUUUUUAAGUAGGGCUCAUAAUAUCUCUAUAGGCCAGAGGUUGAUUUUAACAAAACUAAGCGGAUGACCUGACUUAGUUUUUGGGUGGGAAUACACACAGACAAAUAGAAGUGGUGUACAGUUAAAUGUGAUCUAGCUUUUUCUGCAACCAGUAUUUCCCAUGACCAGACAGGCAGCAUGACUCACUGUUACGUCCAGUACAGAUUUAAAAGGAUUAAGUACACACUUAAAAUCUUAUUUGCAUGCCACAGGUAGUAGUAGGACAUGGGUAGUAGAAACUGGAGCAUUUUUCACUAUAAUGAAUAGAUUGUUAGGAUUUAUGUUUCUGUGGGGUUUUUUCACAUCAGCAGUUAAAGCAACACCUGCAAACCACAGGACAAACUGUAAACCAAUGCCAUCACAAUGUUAUUACAUGGAUAUUGUGGCCAAAGUGCACGCAGUUCCUAUUAGCAAUAAUUUGGUGCGUUUAUUGUGAAAUUAUGUAAAACAAACAACCAUAAUGUAAGGAGGAGGGGGUGUUUGUAACCACCACUGUACGAAAACAUACAAGAGGAUGCACUUAAUCACAAAUACAUAAGUGCAGUUUCAAAGCAAAUGUAAAGAUUUUAGUGUAAAAUGAUACAUUUAAAUAUUGCAGGUUUGUGGUUGUACAAUGCUUCUUUGGAAACAGAAAACACAGAUUGAUUGUAAUUGCAGAUAAUUUUAGUUUGUAGGCAACAAAAAGCGACCAUUGCUAACCUGCGGUCAUCAGCCAUGUGAGGUGGGUUGCAGAAAACUUCUUGCAUGUAGAUACUUGCUUGGAUAUUUGUCAGCAUGAGCACAACAGGACUUUUCUUCACCCUGCACUUUUUCAUUAUUUGAUGCCCUGAAGAAAGCCUGGCAGGGCUUGAAAGUAUGUUCAGGGCACAGAGAGGGAGAUGAUUCCUGUUUCUAUUUGCUAAUUUCUAUUUUGGGUUUUUGGAUAUUAGAGCAACACAAUAUUCUGGUUAACACAGAAAAGUUGUCACGUAUAUCAGUGGUUAAAUUAAUAAGCCAACUGACUUGCAUGCUUAUGAGGGACUGGUAAAUCUUGAUGGUGGGAAUCACCGGAGACCCCGUGAUAUAAUUGUUAUCAUGAUACUUAAAUCCCACUAUGAUAUCUUUGCGUUUUUAAACAUUUUGUAAAAUGCUUGGUAGUGCAGUAAGAUAUAUCAUGAUAUAUUACAAUUUAUGACCUUUAAACUUUAAAUUCUAAUCUCUCUAUAUUGCCCUAUGUUCCCCUCAUUUCAGUCAUUUUGAUUGCUGGAAAAUGGCUCAACACUGUCAUAAAUGCUACAUGCACCUGACAAACUGAACUGUUUGUAUUACAGUCCAACUUAACUGAAUGCAAACAUGUGGGCUGCUGUGCUUCUACAGGUUUUUUGAAUGUGAGCCAGCAGCUGCCAGUCCUCAGUGAGAUAGUCAGCUGUUACAGACACAGGAAUAUGCAGGCCGUGACGAUCACGCGUCGCAAGUUAAUGCAACCCUUUCUGCUGUAACCUACCUUUCGUCAACUUCACGCUUCGCUUCUGUCUCGGUGCAGCUGCGUCUGUUGAAGCCGCAUGUGGGAAUAUCUGGCUGUUUUGAGCAUGUAAACAAAAGCUGUCGUUUUCCACAAUGUUGCAUGGACACGGGUCUUUGCACUUAAAAUAGGUGAUUGAUUGAUUUUUGUCCUUUUGGCUUUGUCAACUUAAGAGUGAGCUGAUGUAAGGUUAGCUUUGUAGUCCUUGGAUAAUGUUAUGUGAGGAUGGUGGCAUGUUAGAUGAGCCCUCAUGUCGUAGUAUUCCUGGAGUGUUUUACUUUCGUGUGACACUCUUGCAUAUCCCAGCAGCAAACAGUGUUCUCUUUAUUUAUUUUUUUCUCUGAUGCCACUCUCUUUCUUCCUGCACGCUGACCAUCACCUCUUUGACCCCUUAAAAAAUAAAAAUAAAAAACCCCUCAACAACACUACCCGAUGGACUGAAAAGCAAUUGAUUUUUACUAUUAGAGCUCUAAAAAGUUCAAUUAGUAUUUAUAGUUCAUGUAACAAGAUAAACUUUUGUCCCUUGCAAAAUGUUAUGCUAUAGAGAGCCUAAAGUUGUAGCGCUAAAUGAAGCAGCAGUAAAACUGGUCACGUGCAGGAAGUAUACCUGAUUUCGAAAAUAUGAUCAUUUAUAGUGGUGAUAGAUGGUCAUAACUACUGGAGAUGCCAUGCUCCAGGUGGCAAACUUGGGUAUUUGUAAAACAUUUAGUUUUUGCUGGAUCUACUUCAAAGAUUUUAUUAAUUAGAGUAAAAAUCGUAACUGUGCAAAUGAGGAUUCUUUGAGCUUUGGAGUGAUUUAAGCAAGUUAACAUUGCCUUUAUAAAGUUGUCCUAGAGAGCAGACAGUGACAUCAUUUGAUAGCUGUGUAUUUUCCUGCAGCAGCUGCAUUUAGCAUGUAUCCAGUGAGGGAAUCCGUUUCUCUUGUAGUCAGUAACUGACUCUUUUUUGGCUGGAACUUGAGGAAUCUAUACAGUCUAGACACCAAAUCUCCUCCCAUGAUCCCUGUGGGUCCUGAAGAUGAAAGGAGGGGGGUCUGUGUGUGUCCGUGUGUACGUCUGUGUGUACAUACGCACCCACAUACAUACCCACAGAGCAGGCGCCUCAUAGUAAUACUCAUUCAGGCCAGCUGUUAGGCCACUGGUGGCUUUUCCCUUACCGUGGCAGACCCUGUCUCUACACUAAUGGGCACACAAAGGUCUUCUGCAACUCCCAACCAAGGGGACUUUUCUUUUAUCUAAUGUUUAGUUCCUAAUCUCGACAGUGGUUGGUUAGUCUUUGGUGAUGCUGUCAUGUUGUCAUACUGUGUUGGGAAAUGUGAGUAAAAUAAUUUUGCCCCUGUCUGGAUGACACAUUGCUGAUUAGUAAGCAUUUCCUCUCUCAUUAGGUCUUGACCACCUGGAAAAGAGUCUGCUUGCAGCCACAGUAGCCAAAACGGCUGUCUGUAUAAAUCAAGGUAGUCUAUGCCUUACUAGUUUUCGUCUGUUGUACUGAAGAGACACUAUUUUGGUUUUAAACCUUCUUUAAUGAGCAGGCUUACAUUGUCGAGGGAUUUAGACAGUAGACAGUAUUGAGCAGUUAUUAAAACCUGCUGUAAAUGGGCUUUUCCCCAUUUUAACAUGCCUGUAGAAAAGAGCACAGAUUCAACUCUUAAUGAUAUUGUCACGCUAAGCUGCGAUUAAUCAGUAUGCACAACAGCGGAACAAAGCACCUAAAUAAAUAAUUCACCUGUCAUUAAUGCUGUUGUUUUUACCCGUAGUCUUUCUUUACCGUGACAUGUCCAAAUGUUUUCCUUCAGAAAGGCCUAUUGUGUAACUGUUAUCUGACCAGUAUGAUGAUAUCGUCAAUGGGUUCCGGCCAAGGCCUCUUCAUCCUCCACUCUGUUUCCUGGGGAAUAACAUAUGUUUAUAUGUGAUCUGUUGCUCCAGGCUCCGUUGAGUAAUAUUGUCUAUUAUUCACAGUUAAAAAAACAAAAACAAAACAAACAAACAAAAUAGAAAAAAACAAAAGAGAGAGAGAGAGAGAUGCACACACACACACCACUACAGCAGUGGAGAGAAGAAUGCAACCUCUUAUGCAUUCCUCUCUCAAAUAACUGGUGCAAUCCCCCUUUCUGUUUUGCAAGUUGUUUUCCAUUCAGAUCAUGCCGUAUAUCACAUUCUUAAAGGAGACAUAUUAUUAUGUUCUUUUCUGACUUCAUUAUUUUAUUGUUGGAAACUACUUGAGUAACUUUGCAUGAAUUGGGACUUAGUUCAGCUGCUCUUUGAACGAAUCUGUUUUUAGCUCUAUCACUUUGUCUUUUAACCCACUUUCCUUCUACCUGGCUUUCCUGAGAUGAUUAUAUUAUGGAUAUUUGCUCUGUUUGACAUCACGCAUAGCCAACAGUAAGAAAAAAAACAACAACUCUGAAAUGGAGUGUGCAGAGCAGUCCAAAGCCCAAAUUUUUGCAGAUAUGCUGACCUCAUUAUUUUAAACACUGGCCAUGUUUCAUAUGAGCCGAUUAAACAGUGCAGCAGUACGUACAUGAAAGAAAGUAAUAGGUUCCCUUUUAAAGAGCUGUAAAUUGAGCUGCACGCAUGCCUACAUGUAAUUACGUUAACCUGAAGUAAAGAGAUCCCAAAUGGCAGCAAAGAAAGGAAAAAAGCGACACUAGGGCUAAACCAAAGCGUAAACCAAAGCCUUUUCCAUAUACGUAGGGCACACAAUGUUUUAAACAAAACAAUUGAAAGUGUAUGCAUGUGGAUUUAGGACAAACAGUCCUGUUGAGUCACUGACUCUCACCCUGGUUUUUGUUAUUUGAAAUCACUUCAGCAUCAGAAACACUGUGUUAUGAAAUCUCGGCUUGUGAUUGCGCCGUUUCUGACUAGAAAAUAAGUAUUUACUGAACCAUCUGUGUUUGUUUAAAGCUUUUGUAGCCAAGUUAGACUGUCUUUGUUGAUAGAUUGCUCAAACUUGAAUCGGCUUCUUUUAUGUUGGCAUCACUACAGUUUUCGUUGUCUCAGUGCAACAUGUGGGAUCUUCCAACUUAUCUCCCCAUCGCACAUACAGACUUGUGUGCUUACAGAGAACUUCCAAGUUGAGUUAGGAAUGCAGCAUGGGAGCUUGUCACCACCUGGUUCCAUAACACAAGCCCACACUCUGUCACAUGCUCACCCUGUUCUCCACUCCGUACCCAAGCAGGCAGUCCCAGCUGUUGUUUUCUUUGCAGACAACCUGCUACCUAGCGUGCCAGCUCUUUCUUUUGGUAAACAGUUCAGCUUUACAGUUCAGAAAUUCCCCUCUUACAGAUGAUAUGAUCAAAGGCAGACAUGAGGGCAGCACAAGCUGACGCUAGGGCAUUUAUAUGUGGUCGGUGCGCCUCUGUUUGUCUUCAAAAAGUUCCAGUGUCAUUUCAGUUAAGCGGGAAUAAGCAACCAUUCUUUGAUUUGUUUUCUUUUUCCCCUUCCUGUCCAGUUUAUUAUGAAGUAUUGUCAUGCCGUCCUGUCCCUUAAUGUUGUAGUAAGCUCCUCUUCAUAGAGCUUUAAGAGGGGGCCUGCAAUGCUCGCUCCAUCUGGAUCCACUUAGACUCUAAGAAGAGCAUAAGCACUUCCACUGCUGCAGCCUGAGAGUCUCAUAGCCUGAGUGGCUUGCUUGUGUAUCUGUUGCUGUUUUUACUCCAGUGGGCAUUCAGACAAAUGGGUCUUUCCCCAGGCAUUUAGAUGUCUCUAAGACAUGUAAUGUUGAUAGCAGGAAAACUGUGCACAAAGACUGUUUCUUUCUUUACUUUUAUUUUGUUUGUCUGUGCUGUCUUGUCACUGUGUGGUCAUUGUGUUACCUACUGAUUUACAUCCAAAAGUAGUAAUAGAAGUUUUUGUGCUAACACUCUUUUCUUAAUUUCUGUAGCACUGCAAUCCAUCUACUCACAUGCAACCUUUUCUGUGCAGCUUUCUUUUUCCCUCCCGAAAGUUUGCCUUUCCUAUUCUGAAUCUGCAUACUCAUAAAAUAAUGUGAUAUAUGUUUGAAAUAAGCUGUUUAAUGCCAGCACUCUGGGUAAACUUUCAGAGUUUUGUUAAAAUCUGAAACAAUACUGGAUUAGCACCUAUUUCUGAGCCCAUUUGCUUGGCCUUUCUUCUAUCCUGCUAACUUUCAGGCGUUCGCAACACAGAUGAUUAGGUUGUCAUUUUAAACAUGAGAAGUGACGGAUUGUUGUGUAUAUUCGACACCGUCUGUCUUGUUUGCUCGGUAUAUGAAAUUUUAACCCUAGGCUAUCACCCAUAUGUUCCAGUACUCUGCAGGUUUGCAUAAUUAUGACUUUUAUGCAAGGUUUGCAUCUUUCUGGCACACGCUGGACAGGCCACAACACUCCAUCAUGUGGAAAAAUUAUGUUGUGCUUAGUCACUUGAUACGAGUUGCCCUAUUUUUCAUCUGUCAUCAUGAUAAAAUGGUUCCCUCAUUCCUUUUCCAAUAGGUCGGCGGGGUUUUGCUGCCAGACCGUCUGUACUAAAGAUUGCUGCAAAGCUGAGCUGUUAGUAUACUCUUGUCCAAUCACAUGGCGAGGAUUAAACUAUACACAUGAAUGUACUUGUAUGGUUAGCUUCCCUUCCAUCAACAUUAGUAACUUAUUACCACCUGCAGCUACACUUCUACAACAUUAACCUUGAACUAGACCAGCAACUGUUUUCUUCUUAAGUGUCUCCCUGUGGAGAAUUACGUGGAAAUCUAAACCCCCUAACCUCAAGUGCUGGUCUGCAUGCCUCCGACACUCUGGCUGCAUUCUCUAGAGGGUCCUGGAUAAACAGCCAUAUGUGUACCCACAUGUAUACAUGAAACCUGAUUCUUGAGUGUCUGUUCAAUCAACAGAUUAAGGACAACUGACAGAUGCGGAUUACCUUUGGUGCUAAAUUGUGUACAAUAAAAAUUAAUGUGAAAUUGCUAAGAAGAGCCCACAUAGCUUUGUGCCAAUCGCUACACCCCAUCUUGUUGUACUCUGAAAGUUUAUUCAGUUUAAAGGUAUAUUCAUUAUUUUUCCAUAAGGUAGAUCUAUGGAAUUUAUAGCAUUUUUAUGCACUGUGGAUAUGCUGGACUCUGUGCUCUUUUAUGUGCGGGACAGAAAUCAGGCUGAUGACAACUGUAGUUUUUCAUCAACUUCUAAUUUUCUUCUUUGUUCCUGUUUUGAUUUAUCAUGCAAGUCAAUUGUAUACCUCUGCCUUCGUUGCCUUAACACUUCAUCAUAUGAAUAUGUUCCUAGCGGGUCUUUUUAAUUUUGUUCGUGUUUUGGGAAGAGAAAUCUGAGUCUGGGUCAUGUCAGUGUUACCUGAACAUCUUUGCACAAAUAGUUUGAGUCUUAUUAUGAGCGCUCAUCCCAUACUUCAAGUUUUGGACAAAGAAAUCAGGAAGGCAAGGGGGGGGGGGCAUAGGACAUGGAGAGAGAGAGAGGGCUAAAAGCCACCUCGUGGGUGGAUGUAUGUCAGCUAACUGUUAACACACUAGGUUCAGAUUAUAAAACGCGAGCGAAUGAUUCUCCUAUGAUCUCACUUCCAAACAAUGUGCUUCAUGUUUCUCCAUCUGCAACCUUUUUUCCUUUUUCCUCCAUUUUUAUAGCCCCUCUCCUCUUCCCCUCAUCCUCAUCUCCCCAACGCUUUGUGACUGCGGUAAGUUAAUGGGCCCUUCUCGGAGUCGGAGGGAGCCUGCAUUUCUUCUUAAUUGGUGUUUGGGGUGGUGCAUGAGAGGAACACAAAUGUUUGCCAUACCAGCACUGAAGCAAUGAUGUAGGGCCUAGUGGCAUGUGACUGAAUGUUCAGGGUAUUGAGUUUGUUGCUCAAAGCCAGUGAGACUUUGCCAUAUUGAACAAUUCCCAUAAUUACUAAUGAGACUAACAGACAAGCAUACAAUAGUGUGCUAAAGUACUGAGAGUAUCAUGGAUAUGUUGUUUUAGGCCCACCCAUGUCAGUGCUGUUAUUUGUAUAGAGUCACCUCAUCCUCUUGGCGGGAUUCCUCUUAGUUUGAGAUUUUAAAAAGCCAAUCUGAGUUUGGCUGACACUUGCAGCCUCCAGAAUACCCGUCAAAUAAAAAAAUAAAGGAAGAAAAACCCCAUCACUACAGUUUAAGCUGCAUCGUUCUAUGUAUUCAUUUUCACCCUUUCCCCAGCAUUGAAUAAAACUUUUCCCUUAAGCUUCAUCUCGUAGACAAAAUAAAACAGACAUACCCAAUGUGACGUCACUCGUCGGAUUUGGAAUCCAUAUUUUUUUAUUUUUCUUAAGCAGGAGGAAAAUCCUGUUUUUAAUUUGUAAAUCUGGAGGUGAGUUGGAACAAAGAAAGGGUGCUUUUCUGCCUGGGCAAGGAAGAGAAAAAGUUAUGAAACACAUCAAACAAAUCUGCAAUGCCUGGAGCAAAAUGUACAGCGGCCAGGUGCUAACUGGUAAAACUAAAUAACACUAAUCAAAACUGUCAAGACAAAGAAUUUGGGGUAUUUUUACUCCUACAGUUAAUUUUCUCUGGUCAGAAUCAGUUGAUGAAUUGAACUUGUACCUUUUCCCCAUUGUUUGAUUUGUCUCACACAAAGAAAAUUCCAAGCAAACCACAGUGCGUCCCUUUUGGACUAGUGGAUAACAUGGAGAAUUUCUCUAAUUAUCACUUCACUUUACGACUAGUUGGUGCAGUUUGUAUAUUAAGGAUGUCUGCGUUAGUCUGCCACAUCCCUGAAAUCAAAAUAUACCUGGCUACAGGAAGGUGUUCAGCUCAAACUUGGAGCAUAGACAUGGAAGUUGGGUUGGAUCAAGGUUAAAUUUAGAUCAUUUGGAACUGUAGCGAGACCACCUACUUCAAAGGGUCUCUUUGUAGCUGAUUUGGUUUUUACUCUGUUCACAUCUGCACAAGCAAACUGCACCAAAGGGGAAAAAACACCAACCAGAGUUUUAUUUAAGCAGACUAAACAGCGCAGGGGUGAAAGCACCCUUAGACUAUAGAGUACCAAAAGUGGAUACCAACACCGAAAUACCUUAAGCUACACUUAUAUAAAAAAAAUUAAAAAAAAGAGAGACCAAAAAUAGAAACGAGGUCAUAGAGGUCUAUGGGAAAAUGGCCCUUUCUCUGUUACCUAAGUAAACACUUUCCCCACUGAUUUUACAGGCUUAGUGGUUAGUUUAAUCUCAAGUUGAAUAAAACAUGGGGCUCAUUUUGUAAAUUAUCACAAGUGAGCAGAUUGAUUAGUCAUUGGCCAUUAAGUUUGUGGACCCUCUGAUUUGGAAAGUGGAAACGUUCACCUCGAGCCUUUGUAACGGGGCUUCAGUGAUGUAUAGGUGAAUUCACAGUGGCUAUGUCCAACUGUUAUACUGCCUAUGAUUUAAACAGAGUAAUAUUUUAUGGACAACCUUUAUUGCACACAUAGGAACAUAAGUUGUCAUCAACCUGAGCAAUGUUAUUCUUACUUCCUCUGCUCUUUGCAAUGUAGACUCACACUGAGCUAAAACAACACAAAUGGAGGUACAUGACAGAGCCUGCUACUCGACUGUGAUAUGAAAGAGCUAAUAGUAAUGAACUAGGUGCAGUGUAGACUCACAUGCAUUGGAAAGGGCUUUGGAGAUGUUAACAAGAACUUGAUUUUUUUUAAAAAUAUAAAUCUGAUUGAGUUUUUUUAAAAUAACCUUCAUGCUUUCUCCUCUCUUUGUCCUUGACUGCAUCAGUCUACACAUUAAAUGAGCCACACACGAAGCCAAUUAUAGGUUGGACAAUCAUUCUAAUGCUCAGUAAUCAGUAAUCUUUUACUAAGAUAUAUACAGUCAUGCGAAGAAGAAUGUUUUCACAGGACUCAAUGUAUUUUGUUAAAAACUAAGUACACCCUUACUGGCAUCCAUAGGAAUUAAGAGGGUAAGUAGCAGCCAGGUGCUGCUAGUCCACUUGAUUAACAUUCACACGUUUGCCACGGUCUUCUCAGGAAUCCCUGCAAGUUCACCCCAAGGGCAUACCAUGCAAUGCUCAGAGAAACUGCAAAACAUCUCAGACUAUACAAGCCUGAGGUAUCAUGUUAAAUUUUAAUGACAUCUCAAUUAGAUAAAAAUGGAACAAGUAUGGCUUGUUUGGAAGUGUUGCCAGGAGAAAGCCUCUUCUCUCUAAAACAGUGGUUUAGGUUGGUAGAAUUGCAUCUGAACAAAAGAUUUCUGGAAUAAUGUCCUUUGGACCAUGUACCACAGUACCAUGUUUGGUGAAAGCCAAACACACACUCACCACAAACAUGCUAUCACUCUAUAAACCAAAGAAUUCUAGAGUCAGAUGUGAGGCCAUUUGAGGCCAUUCGUCCAACAGCUUGGCUGAAAUUGGGUCAUGAAACAGGAGGUGUUACCUAGUCAAAGUCCAGACCUCAAUCUGAUUGAAAUGCUCUGAUGGUAUCUUAAGAGAGCUUUGCAUGAGAAAUUGCCUGUAAACCUCAGUGAACUGAAGCAACCUAAAGAAGAGUGGGCCAAAAUUCCUCCAAAAAUGUGCAAGAGUCAUACAAAAAAUGAUUUCAUGUUAUUGCUGUUGAAGCAGUUUCUACAGUUUCUACAUGAGUCUGUAGAAUCCCAUGUGAAAAUAUUAUUUUAACCAGUAGUUGAUAAAGUUUACAUCAGUCAACAAUGUCACUGCAUUCCCAUUGUGUUUCAAAGAUAAGUCACUGUCAUCAGUAUGCUUUCCUGUGUAGGGUGUAUGUUUAGUCCUUGCUUUUGAAAUGAAAUUCCAAUGAAAAGGUCAACCAGCAAACUAGCCUGACACUCCUUCUAUGCAUUAUGGUUUCCAACCAGUCAGCUUCCCAACAACACCUACAUGACUGGACUUCUGAUCUCUAUAUUCAACCACAUACACACAGUGAAAUGUAAGUCAUUUAUGUGGAAAAUAUUUGCCAGGGGUAGUCAGAAGCAUGUUAAAUGCUGUGGUUUUCAAAGCAGUUUCAGGAUUCAGUGUAUUGAUGACCAAAGGUCUUUCAUAUAGCAUGGUGGGACAAAAUAAGAUGAUUGAAGACUCCGUACUUUCUCACUUGUGUAUUCCUGUUAUGAUGAAUGGGGAGAACUUCUUCUUUUCUUUUCUUUUCUUUUUUUCCUCUCUGUCUUCUAGAAUAUAUGGUAAUUUGCUUUGAUGUAGGUUUUUGUAGCUAUGCAGGUUGUGUAGUAAUUGUUUUUCUUUGUCCUGUUGGACUACUUGAUAAGUCAAGCGCUGUAUGUACGAAAAGAGGAAUCAUAGAUAGGCUGGUUGAAGUCUGGUCUCAUCUUCCAGUUAUUUUGCAUUAUACCUUUGUGUCUUAAUAUUUGUGUCUUUAAAUAAAACACACACACACUCACACAUAUAAUAUAAUGGUCAGUUGGGGCACAGGAGGGUGCAUCUUGCAUAUGUUUUUAGGAAUGGAUUUUUAAAUUUUGCUAAGAAGCUUUCGUCAAAUAGUUUAUAGUUUUUGAAGUUUUUUGACAAAUGCCAUUGGCAGCUUUAGUAACAUUCCAGACUUUGUUGCUUUUAAUAAUAAUUUUGACUUUUUUCAUGUGAUUUAAUUCAGUAGAUUUAGUACGCUAGUGUGUUGCAACCUCCGCUUUAGUGAUUAAUACAGAGAUAGCUGGGGGAAAGAGAGAGUUGUGAAGUUGUCCAGCAACUUCUGCCAAGGGUUAUUUCUUUUUCUAGUUAUGGUCAAGGCAGAGACCCUGCCUCAAAACCACAGAGCCACGUAUGUUUCUUGUAAAGUAAAACAAAUACAAGAGACGGUGACAGGCCCUCAUUUUGAUUAAUUUCAAUAUGUUGCUCACUUAAUUCCCAUUUCAAAUGACCUGUGGUAAAUGAGUGUGAAGUCCAGAGCACACACUGGCAGAAGUUAUACUUUUCCCCUGUUGAUUGAGCACUUUAGCUAUGCCUUUAACAACCUGUUUCCAGAACAGAUUCCUCAACCUGUAAACAUUUCAGACGGCAGGGAGAGAGAGGAAAAACCGAGAGAGAGGGUAUAGUGGCAGAAAGAUGAAGGGGGGAGGGGAUUUAAGCAUUUUAGGAGGAGGAGUGUCUUGUAAUUAUCCUAUGACUUCAGCAGAAAGAAAGGAGGAAUUUUUUUAGAAGUAUACACCAUCUGAGCUCUUUUCAUAGUUUGAAAUUAGAGCGUUUGACUCACAUGUUGGCAUGGGUUUUGGGAUACUGGUGGGGUGUUGUUUGUAUUCUUCUCGGAGAGUGUGUGUGGUAGUGGUCUCUCCCUCCUACUUUUGAGGUGGGAGGGCUGAGCUGAUGUCAUUGAGUGCAGCAAACUGAGCCUGAAAGAGGCUCUUUGUUGGCAGCUGCAGCACGAGUAGUCCCUGUGCCUCGGAUACUCACUCACACAGGGGGACGGAGAGAGGAAUGGCACCGCACAGACGGCCCUAGUGUGUACUCAACUGAUAAAUCUACAAGGCGAUAAACGUUUGGACAAAAUCUGCGCUAUUUUGUUGGGGUUUUUUUGGUGAUUGUUUAACUGUGGAGGCAACCUAAAGCCAAAGAGGGGGAAAAAAAACAUGGAGACGCUCAUAAGGAAAAGUUGGUAGACUUUGCCGGACAGCGGACUCUUUCUGUUUCGGAAAGGAGUGAGAACAAUAAUAAAAGGAUACAUUUCAGUUGGAAGGACUCCAGGAAAAACAAACCAAUAUCUAUUUCUUCUUUACUUGGUGUUCUUUCCACUUUUGUCAGCUUCUUUUGGAUUUUUUUAUUAUUCUUUUGUUGGACACAUGUAGACGAGAAACGUUCAAGGGACAUCUGGUUUGAACAAGCAAAAAUAUUUUCAGCGUGAAGGGAAAGAAAGCAAAUGAAAAUGUUGGAGAUAUGCCUAAAAUUGGUGGGGUGUAAAUCUAAGAAAGGCCUCACGUCGUCCUCCAGCUGUUAUUUGCCAGAAGCUCUCCAGAAGCCAGAAAUUGAGGGUCAGGGUCUGACAGAAGCAGCCCGCUGGAACUCCAAAGAGAACCUUUUGGCUGGACCCAGUGAGAAUGACCCCAACCUGUUUGUUGCCCUCUAUGAUUUUGUGGCCAGUGGUGACAACACUUUAAGCAUUACUAAAGGGGAGAAGCUGCGUGUGCUGGGUUACAAUCAUAACGGCGAGUGGUGUGAAGCACAGACCAAGAAUGGCCAAGGUUGGGUGCCGUCCAACUACAUCACCCCAGUCAACAGCCUGGAGAAGCACAGCUGGUACCAUGGACCCGUGUCACGGAACGCGGCAGAGUACCUGCUCAGCUCGGGCAUCAACGGGAGCUUUCUGGUCCGUGAAAGCGAAAGCAGCCCCGGUCAGAGGUCCAUUUCUCUGCGGUAUGAGGGGAGAGUGUACCAUUACAGGAUUAACACUGCGUCUGAUGGCAAGCUUUACGUCUCAUCUGACAGCCGUUUCAACACACUGGCCGAGCUGGUGCACCACCAUUCCACCGUGGCCGACGGCCUCAUCACGACACUGCACUACCCAGCGCCGAAGCGUAACAAGCCCACCAUCUAUGGAGUUUCUCCCAACUACGAUAAGUGGGAGAUGGAGCGCACUGACAUUACCAUGAAGCACAAACUAGGAGGGGGCCAGUAUGGGGAAGUGUACGAAGGCGUUUGGAAGAAGUACAACCUCACCGUGGCUGUCAAGACGCUAAAGGAGGAUACGAUGGAGGUGGAGGAGUUUCUGAAGGAGGCUGCGGUUAUGAAAGAGAUCAAACACCCUAACCUGGUGCAGCUGUUAGGCGUGUGCACACGGGAGCCCCCGUUCUACAUCAUCACAGAGUUCAUGACCCACGGUAACCUGCUGGACUACCUGAGGGAGUGCAACAGAGAGGAGGUCAAUGCUGUGGUGCUGCUACACAUGGCCACACAGAUCUCCUCUGCCAUGGAAUACCUGGAGAAAAAAAACUUUAUACACAGGGACUUGGCAGCUCGUAACUGUCUCGUUGGGGAGAACCACCUGGUGAAGGUUGCAGAUUUUGGCCUGAGCAGGCUGAUGAUUGGAGAUACCUACACGGCUCAUGCCGGGGCCAAGUUCCCGAUCAAGUGGACAGCUCCAGAGAGUCUGGCUUACAACAAGUUCUCGAUUAAGUCUGAUGUCUGGGCAUUUGGUGUGCUCCUGUGGGAGAUUGCCACAUAUGGCAUGUCUCCUUACCCUGGCAUCGACCUGUCCCAGGUCUAUGAACUGUUAGAAAAAGACUAUCGUAUGGAUCGACCAGAGGGCUGCCCCGAGAAGGUCUAUGAGCUCAUGAUGGCCUGUUGGAAGUGGAACCCUUCAGAACGUCCAACUUUUGCUGAAACCCACCAAGCCUUUGAGACCAUGUUCCAGGAAUCCAGCAUCUCUGAUGAGGUGGAAAAGGAGUUGGGAAAGAAAGGAAAGAAGACAUUAGGCUCCAUCCAGCAGGCUCCGGAGCUGCCCACCAAGACCAGACCUCGCAAGAGCAACAUAGACAGCCGAGAUACAGAGAGCCCAGAUCUGUUGGAAUCGGAGGGGGCUGUGUCGUCACCCAUGCUCCCCAGGAAAGAGCGCCCCCUCCUGGACAGCAACCUGAAUGAGGACGAUCGCUUGCUGCCCAAGGACAAGGACAAGACACGUGGCUUUCUCAGCCUCAUCAAGAAAAAGAAAAAGAGUGCGCCAACUCCUCCCACACGCAGCUCCUCUUUUAAAGGAGACUGCCUCUCUGACAGGAGGUGCGUUACUCAAGAUCCUCGAGACAGUGACAUCUUUAACAACGGGGCAUCAUUGGGCAUUAAUGACGCCAUACAUGGCCUCCACAGUACGAAUAAUAAUGGAGCAGCAGGUAUAACUAAUGGGGCUCCUACCUACCCAGUACCUUUUUGCCCUAGAAAGAAGUUACCUCUUGUAGUGACUAGCCCAGGUGGAAAGGGAGCAACAACUCCACCUAGUGAGGAGGAACCCUUUUCUAACUCUAGGUUUUUCUGGCCCAUGCCCACUGGCUCAGAUGGCACAGAAUGUAAGUCUGUCACACUGCCGCGAGAUCUGAGCCAUCGCCGCUUCGACACAGGCACCGUCGGGGGCAAGCCAGCUCUGCCACGAAAGCAGCAGAAAGGAGAGAAUGCGCCACGGAUGGGCACCCUGACUCCCCCACCACGCCUGAAUACAUCUCCAGAUAUUUCAUCCACCUUCUUAGGCAGAGAUAAUGAUCUCAGUCCUGGUUCCAGUCCCAAGGCUUUGACACCUAAGGUGGUGAAGAGACCCAGUGUGUCAGGGCCAGAAAGCUCCAAGACCAGCGCUCUGCAUGCCGAGCUUCUGAAGCCCAAUGUGUUCCCUCCUAUGGGAGCAGCUGGAGAAGAAUGCAGGGCUCGCAGAAACAAGCACACGGAGUUCUCCUCCAGCAGGGAUCGAGUAAAAAUACAGAAACCCAAGCCAGCCCCACCUCCACCACCCACUAAUGCAAAAACGGGCAAGGUCUCCCGCAGCCCCACUCAAGAGCUCCCCUCCCCGACUGCUUCAGAAAUCAAAGCUAAGUGCCUCCCUUCCAUCUCAGAUCCCCACCACACAGCCACUCCCAGUGACCAAGCCCGCUUACCCCUGAGUGAGGCCUCCAAGAAGCUGCCCUUGGGCUCCACCUCUAAACCUCAACCGUUAAAGACCUCCACCUCUUCCACUUCAGUAACCAGCUCCCCCUCCAGCCAGAGCCUUGGAGGUUUGUCUUCUCCCCUCACCUCCCCCAACGAUCCAAAUUCACCUACUGCAUUCACCCCUCUAGCGAAAACCCGAUCCUCCCUCCGCAAGACUGCACCCCGCCAGGCCUCCGAGCGCACUCCAAACUCAGCCGUGACACGUGAAAUGGUGCUGGAGGGCACUGAGCUGCUCCGCGCCGCCAUUUCCCGCAACUCCGAGCAAACGGGUAGCCACAGCGCCGUGCUGGAGGCCGGCAAGAACCUGUCAAAGUACUGCGUGAGCUAUGUUGACUCCAUUCAGCAGAUGAGGAACAAGUUUGCCUUUCGCGAGGCCAUCAACAAGCUUGAGAGCAGCUUGCGAGAGCUUCAGAUCUGCCCCAAUGCCACGGGGGGCUCGAGUGCACAGCAGGACUUCAGCAAGCUGCUGUCCUCCGUCAAAGAGAUCAGUGACAUUGUUCAGAGGUAGCGCCUAGAAUAUGACGCUAUCAGACAUAAAAAUGAUAACAUUUUAUGUUACACUACCCCCCCCCCCUCCCCCCUCCAUGCAUGUGGGCCAACUGUUACCCAGGCCCAGCUCAUGCUGGAGAGCAGCAGAGGUGGAGGUUCACACAUACUCUAGUAUGUUCUGAAACACUUAAGCAUGUGGUUACUCCGGACUGAAUCAAAGAAAGCUUUAUGUAGAUGCCAUCAGACAGUCUGUAACAUUGAAAAGCCUUAACUAUGAAUAAACACUGUCAUUUGGCCUUCACAUGAGGCGAGGGGCCAAAUCUUUCAUCAACGUAACCUUUCAUGGUUGAUUUUUCUUUUUGAAAUGAUCAAGUCUUAUGUUUUUGGUUUCUUCCCUUUAUCACUGACUCGAGUAUUAAAAGAAAAGACCUGUGAUAAUUGUUUCCAUCACUGUGUUUCAUUUUUUUUAAUCAUUAAUGCUGACAACAGUGAACAAAAACAAAAAUGCUUAACCUCAUCUUGUAGUUUGCCUUUGUAACACAAAUGCCAUUUUUAAAUGUAAGCGUUAAGGAACUUCUCUUCUCACAGUGUUUGUAAGACUCUGUGUUUUGUCCCACAUGCCCCUACAUUUUCUUGUUUUUUUUAAUGCCAUCAAUGUCUGGUUGUGUGCUGAGUGAUGGAAUUGUGUCAGUGUUUUUGUAUGAAUGCUCUUCUGCAGUAUUUGCAACCACGUGCCAUAAUGUUAUAAUGGGAGCGAGCAAAUGAGGCAGGAUGAGCCUCUAGCCUUCACAGUUCUGCUUUUCUGCACACUUGGGUAACAAUUAGUGCCUUAAACACUUACCGGCAGAGCUGUUCUUACUCUUGACACUUUACAAGUGCAGAAACAUGCUUUUAUCAAGUGGUUGAGAAUGGCUGUUUUUAGGCGUGUUUCUUGGAUUUCCAUGUCUGCCAUACCAAAAAAAACCAAAAACCUUUGUUUCCAGUCUAUACUGGGAGAGGGACCAGGGUUCUCAGUGGAUCUGUUGAUUUGCAUUGUCCUUAGACUGGACUUCUUUUUACUAAACAAGUUUGAUUCAACUUUCACUACAUGUCAUAAAAGCCAUCAGUAGCAGACUGGCCCCACAGCAGCACGCUGUCUGAUCUGUUAGGAGGGGGUAACAGACUGAAACAGCGUUUCCGACUCUGACGGGCCUUCCUCGCAUGUUCGAAUGGUCCGAAUGCUGUUUUGAGGCCUUUUCACCCCAGAGGAAAAAAAAUCCUGGGGGAAACACUGGACUAAAAUGUUUAUGGAGCUAUCACUUGCUGUGCUACAAAAUGAUGUGAGGAGGUGACCAAUACGGACUGAAAGAACUCGUCAGAUUUCACUUUCACCACGUUCUUUCCUCACUUGCAUCUCUCGCACAGUGUCAGUAUUUGUGUUGUCGUGUCAUCCCCGUGUGCCCCAUCUGACUGCGAUGCCUGAGGACAAAAAUCAACUGCUAGUUGCCUUGACUUCAACAUGGUACUGUCAGUGUUGGCUUCUUUUAAAAAAAAAAAAAAAAAAGGACAAAACUUCCUGUACCAACCAUACCACUACUCGAAUUUUGUGUCCAAGCCUCCUCGCCAAUUUUGUACACAAACUUUCACUUGUAAAUGUCGCCCCCCCUUUCUCCCCUUGGUGCAAUUUUCGUUGCAAUAAAAAACAAAGCAGUUGUGCUACUUGAAA